CACUUGACAACACCGCAAGAGUUCUCUAACCUUGACAUUUAUUUAUUUGUAAACAUGUCUCAGAUAAACCGGCAUAAUUUGCGAGCGCAGUUUGGAAAAUUCUCUACACGUUUUAUUAAAACUACUAAAAAAAGAACAUACGAGGCACUAUAUAAUAAAUCUAAAGUUCACGAACAAAUUUUGACGGAUUGGGGUCGAAGAAUAGUUGAAAUAAAUACACUUGCCAAAGAAUUGUGGUGUUUCAAAUGUGACAUUCCCUUAUCUCUUAAAAAUAUUCAGAGUGAAAAACAAUUUGGUUUAUCGAAUAUUUUUUGCAUUAAAUGUUUGAGUUGCUGUAAAAUUCAUGAAGUUCACACUAAUAAACAUCAUACAGAUCAUACUCAACUGUAUUAUGUAAAUUUUAAGCUAGUUAUUGCUUUAAUUGAUGCAGGCAUUGGAGAAGCUCACAUAAAUACAAUACUUUCAGCUUUAAAUAUUCCGCAUGUGACUGGAUCUUUGAUUCAAAAGUAUGUAAGAUUAGUCACUCCAGCAUUUAAACUAGUCGCUAAUGAAAGUUGUCUAAAAUCAGUUCAAUUAGAAAAAAAAAUGACGAUUGAUAUUGAAUGUCUAAAAAAUGAGUUCAACAAUUAACUACAAAGACGUAUGGGAGGCACAUUAAUCUAACUCAUGGCAGUAAUGAGGAAGUACAGAACAAUAAUAACAAUGAAACAAUAGAAAAAUUAAUGGAGGAAAAUAGGCAAUUAAAUGACGAAAUGCAACCAAUGCCCCGUCAACGACAUUCUGAUGAUAAUAAUGAAGAUCUCCAACGACUACAACGACAACAAGAACAACAAUUACAAGAGCAACGACUAAAACAGCGAUUAGAAGAAGUGCUACGACAACGAUAAAACCAACGACAAGAACAACAAUUAGCAGAUCAAUGACGACAACAGCGAUUAAAAGAACUACAAAGGCAACAGAAACUAAGACAAGUCCAGGAAUUAGAAGAACAUCGGCGACGACAGCGAUUAGUAGAACAACGUCGGCAGCAACUACAACACGCCGAAGAUGAAGAAGAUCAGCGCAUAAUUGACCCAGUUCACGUUGGAGGACAAAUAUACGUUUCUAGCUGUUCACAUACCGAAGCAUUGAGACAGUAUAAAUCAUCAAAAUUUAUAACGGUAAUGUCACAUGCGAUUUGGGGGUAUCGAAAUUUGGCUCUUCGAGCGGUUAAAAUUACUAA